AUGUUGGCUGGAGCCUUCACCUCCGCGAGGCUCUCAUACCGGGCAGUGGAGGACACCGAAGCCGAGAAGACAUGGUACCACGAGCACAUCCGGAGCGAUCCAGUUACUUUCGGCCUCGGCGACUCCAAUCUUGUGCGUCCGCAAACAAAGACCAAGAGUGAUGACCACCUGAGCGGCAUUUCAAAGUCGCUGCUCGGCGUGGUCAUCUGCCUCAAGCCGCAGUCAGAGACUGUGCAGCCUACGCCGAUUGGUGUGCUUGUCCUUGACGAUGAGGCGAGCGACAACUAUCGCCACCAUCACCGAUUAGCCUGCUUAUCGUUGUCAAUCGCCACGGAACACCAGAACCAGGGCUAUGGCCGCGAGGCGAUCAACUGGGCGGUCGACUGGGCAUUUCUAAGGGCCAACAUCCACUCAAUCAGUCUUGGCUGCGUGGAAUACAACGAAAAGGGCCGCCACCUGUACGAGGGGCUCGGUUUCGUGCUGGAAGGCAGAUUCAGAAAGUGCCAUUUCCACGAGCGUAGAUGGUGGGAUUUGCUGCUAUUCUCCAUGCUUGAGGAAGAAUGGGAGGCGCUCCGUGCGAGUCGGGACACUCCAGUCAAUACUUGA